CAAACCAGUGGCAGAAUCCAACAUGGACGACAUCAUGGCUGUUGAAAAGAGCCCGGAGGAAAUGCCGGCAAUCUUGAACUCCCGACCACAGACUGGUCUGUCAUUCCUGGCACCAGAACCCGAGGACCUGGAGGACCUCUACAGCAGAUACAAGAAGCUGCAGCAGGAGCUGGAGUUCCUGGAGGUGCAGGAGGAGUACAUCAAGGAUGAGCAGAAGAACCUGAAGAAGGAGUUCCUUCAUGCGCAGGAGGAGGUGAAAAGGAUACAGAGCAUCCCGCUUGUUAUCGGACAGUUCCUGGAGGCUGUCGACCAGAACACGGCUAUCGUUGGCUCCACUACUGGGUCCAACUACUAUGUGCGCAUCCUGAGCACCAUCGACCGGGAGCUACUCAAACCCAAUGCCUCUGUGGCGCUGCACAAGCACAGCAAUGCCCUCGUCGACGUGCUACCCCCCGAAGCUGACAGCAGCAUCAUGAUGCUCACCUCAGACCAGAAACCUGACGUGAUGUACGCUGACAUUGGAGGCAUGGACAUCCAGAAACAGGAAGUCAGAGAGGCUGUAGAGCUUCCACUCACGCACUUUGAGCUCUAUAAGCAGAUUGGCAUUGACCCACCCAGGGGAGUCCUCAUGUACGGACCUCCAGGAUGCGGCAAGACCAUGUUGGCCAAGGCUGUGGCGCACCAUACCACAGCGGCGUUCAUCCGCGUGGUGGGUUCGGAGUUUGUGCAGAAAUACUUGGGUGAGGGCCCCCGCAUGGUGCGUGACGUCUUCCGCCUAGCCAAGGAGAAUGCACCCGCCAUCAUCUUCAUUGAUGAGAUCGACGCCAUCGCCACCAAGCGAUUUGAUGCGCAGACCGGAGCUGACCGAGAAGUGCAGAGAAUAUUACUGGAACUGCUUAAUCAAAUGGACGGUUUCGACCAAAACGUCAAUGUCAAGGUGAUAAUGGCCACCAACAGAGCGGACACGCUGGAUCCGGCCCUGCUGCGUCCCGGCCGUUUGGACCGAAAGAUCGAGUUCCCACUGCCUGACCGCCGGCAGAAGCGUCUCAUCUUCUCCACCAUCACCAGCAAAAUGAACCUAUCUGAAGAGGUGGAUCUGGAGGACUACGUGGCCCGACCAGACAAGAUCUCAGGAGCUGACAUCAACUCCAUUUGCCAAGAAGCGGGCAUGCUGGCCGUCCGCGAGAACCGCUACAUCGUCCUGGCCAAAGACUUUGAGAAAGCCUACAAGACGGUGAUCAAAAAGGACGAGCAGGAGCACGAGUUCUACAAGUAGAGAGGGUAGAAAAGCGCUUGUAUCUGUAGCUACCAUGUGUCAUUUACAUUAUUGUUCUCUCUCGGGCUGAAAGAAGUCAGUGUUGCAUGAGGUCUGAUAAUAAGCCUCGUGCCCAAGUACGUGUGCUGUUGUUUUUUGGUACAGGCUCUCUUCUCGUUACAAAAAAAAUUAUCAGGCUGUACCAAUAGUAUACAAGUAUAUGACUUAAAUAUUAAUUAAAAAUGUUUUCCAGAAAAUGUGAA